GACAAGGUUACUGGCGGUGUGGACAAGGUUCCUGGCGAUGAGGACAAGGUUCCUGGCGGCGACGACAAGGUUCCUGGCGAUGAGAACAACGUUCCUGGCGGUGAGGACAAGGUUCUUGGCGGUGACGACAAGGUUGCUGGCGGUGGGGACAGGGUUCUUGGCGGUGAGGACGAGGUUCCUGGCGGUGAGGACAAGGUUCCUGGCGGUGAGGACAAGGUUCCUGGCGGUGAGGACAAGGUUCGUGGCGGUGACGACAAGGUUCCUGGCAGUGACGACAAGGUUCCUGGCCGACCUGGCUGUGAGGACAAGGUUCCUGGCGGUUAG